AGUGAGAAAGCUUUGCUUCACUCGAACACGUUGUGUAGUUAUGUUUAUGAAAAAGUUAUUGUAGCUUCGUUUGCAUUUCCACGCACCAGGAAUGAAUCGGAGAGACGAACUGAUUGCCUCUCUGGAGAAGGAGACUACUACAAGUUUCUUGGAGCUUGCUGUAAAGCACUAUUCGAAAGCUGAUCCGUACAACGUCCAAGAGAUUGUCGAGGGUGCCAGCAAGGAUUGCUCGAAAUCGUUAUGGCGAAGUGCAGAGUCGUUUUGUAAAACCCACCUACUGGAUCGCCAUUUGCUGGGUUCUGAGGAUGAUGAUGUGCAACAAGAAGGCGUCGCUGUCCUGCGUGGCCUGGCUGCACUGCUCAGCAGUGUAGUGGCACUGGGAGAUAAGGAUAAGGCUACUCAGGCCAUUCCGCUGCUGGAGCUACUGCACGGUUUGCUGCCCCUCAUACCCAAUUCUGGCCAGGAGGUACAGAACAGCAUUGCAAAGAUCUUUGAGAAAUGGUGGCAAACUGAACUGCCUUUGCGCGAGCACGUUGUGCCGCACACAGUACCUUACUUGAUCAUCAAGACCAUCGUCCAUGGCAGUGUGGUAUCCGAUAUUCAGCGGCUGUGGGCAUUUCGCCAGGCUAUGCUCAUACUGGACUUUGAGGAUUCGAGCUCCGAUCACCUCAAGUCCCUGCUGCUGCAGUGCUUGAUUCACCCGCUGUACAUACAGACAGAAGAGGGGAGACGAUUUUUGAGCUUUCUUUUUGGCCUCCACCCGACGUUCACCGACCUGGUUCACUCCACGAUAAAACAGAACAUACCCAACUGUCCAAGGCCGUUUCUGGAGUCCUAUGGCGAAGUAUACUUCCGUGCCUGGCGAGCGUCAGCUGGUGUGUAUUUGGAGAAAAUAGAGAACGACUGCCUGCAGGAUUUGAUGCACCAUGCCGUGCACGCUCAGCGCAGUGGACCUAAUAACAUGUCUGCUGCCCUGCUCAAGCUACUGGGAUUUCUUCAUCAGCAAAAAGUGUUUCGCGGCAUGGACAACAUGCUUUUGCGCUUGUAUGACCCGAUUCUGUGGCGUGCGCUAAAGGUUGCGAAUGUGUGUGUGCGAGCCAAUGCUGCAUCCCUGCUGAUUGAUGCGUUCCCACUGCAAAACUCCGACUCCACUCGUGAGGAGAACGAUGAGUUGCUACAGAAACAAAUAAAUGUUCUCUUGGAUCUAUUAGCUGAUCCAGCGCCGCUGAUCCGGACCAUGGGAGUGACUGGCAUCUGCCGUGUGCUGGGUAUUUACUGGGAGCUGAUCCCGUCGGCCGUGCUACAGACACUGCUCAAGAGGCUGAUCAAGGACAUGACGUGCGACGUCAGCGCCAGUGCAGUCCGUGCUGCCGUCUUUCAGGGCUUGUCGUUCGUUGUUGAGAAUCCGCUCAGCCACCCAAUCAUGGCCAAGGUACUGCCGGAGCUAAAGCUGCACAUUCACGAUACGUCGGAGCGCGUUCGGCUCUCUUUCAUCCAGCUUCUCCUCACUGUUCGCAAUGUCCGUACGAUAAAGUUCUGGGAUGUUGUUCCCAUGGAGCACCUACUGCACCGACUUGCGGUUGAUCGACCGUCGAUUGUUCGUCCUCUUGUCAAGCUGUUGUACAUCUCGUAUCAACCUGUUAGCAAAGAGGGGGAGGUGCAGUUGGCACGGUGUGUUGAGCUUCUGCGUGCCAAUCCGGCAGCAGCACGCAAGUUUUAUCAGUUUGUCCACCUGCACAUGUCAACGUCACAAGCUGGGAAAUUCAUCCUAUUUCUCUGUCGCACUCUCCGUGGAGCCGUUGAAGGCAAUGAUGAAGCUGAUCCCGAACCAGAAGCACCGGCCGCCGCAAAGGGAAAGGCAGCUAGCAGGAAGGGGAAGAAACCCCCCGCUGCCAAGGGCAAGGGUCGUGGAGGUGGCCGGUCGCGCAAGGCAGUGCAAGCCGAGGAUAAAGACGAGGAAGUCGAUGAUGAUUCAGUUGUGGCGGCAUCGACGUCCAGUGCAUCGGACGAGACCAGUGAAGAGGUGUUGAUCAGUGGCAACGAUGAAAGUCUGGUAUCAGGCCUUCUGGAGUGUAUGGUGAUUGUCUGGCAGAGCAUCUUACUCAAGCUGAAGAAGCCUGGUUGCAAAACUCUCUCGGCGCGCCUGGAGAAAGAGUUCUCAGCGGCUCUGCCCGAGUUCUUCAACAGCUUCAAGUCAUCCAGUGCACGUGCAGCUAUUCUGCUGCUGUCCAGCAACGUGCCAGCCGAGGCGGCAUCGGCUCUCAGCGUUGGCUGCUUGGAAAUGUUCCGUGUGAUGCAAUCCACCACCCAGCAUCAGGAAUACGCACCCAUAGUGGAUGCAUGCUGUUCCUGGGGACAUGUCGGCGACUUGCUAACAGUGCUGCACGCAUGGUUGAAGAAAGGACUGCAUCCGGAUGCAACACUGGCUGAAGCAGCUACGUCUCCUCAGGCAACGCGGAAAAAAGGCAGUGGGCGCAAGAAGAAGACCCAAUGUGCCGUCGAGAAGCCAGCGUCUAUUGCCGGACAGGAGCCUGUAGCGCAGGCUUGCUUUGCACUGGACGUGCUGACAUGGAUGCUGGUUCAGCCAUCAUGCCGCGCUGCUGUGUUGUCGUCUACAGAGGAGCUGGAGACUAUUAUCGAACUCCUGAAAUCAGUGCUUGAUGUUGUCGAGAAGCAUGUCACGGGCUCGUCGGCCAAUCACAACCAGGCAACGGAGCGACUGCGCAUGCUGCGCAGCGCGUUCUGCAUGUACACACGUCUGCAAGUGCAUCUGCAUGCUCAGGCUUGCAAAGAGCAGUCGACAACAACAGAAGACAGAUCGGCCAGUUCAGCAUCCCCUGUGCUCCCGCGCUCCGUAUCGGCCAGCGGUGAUGAGUCUCUGCUAUCGACCCUUCCAGCUCCUGCUUGACUGGGCCAACAACGUUCUGAUGAAGGGCUUGGCCGAUGCCAGUGAUGCAGAUGUGCCGCCUAAGCCCACAGCCAUGCCAAGAGGCAAGCGGAAGGCGGGGCAAAAGCAGCCUACCCCGUCCAGCAGCAGCGAUGCUGGUGAUCUCAAGCCGCAAUCCGUAGCAACGUGUAUUUUGCAA